AUGUUUAGACAGGUAGAAGUUAUGCGGAUUCUCCUUGGUGCGGGUGUAAAUAAAGACCUUCUAGAUAUUAAGGACCUUCUAGAUAUUAAGGGCCGGAAAGCGAUACACUGGGCUACCGGCCCCUACAACAUGGAGAAACUCUUUGAGGAUUACUCUCCCAAAUCUGAAUACGAAUUUGAAGAAGAGUUUGAAGAUGGGUCUACAAAAGAGUCCCUAGAAGCACCUGAAAGAGACUCUAAAGAGAAGUCUGAAGGCGAAUUCAAAGAUAAGAUUUACUCAAUUCUGCUCUCCGUACGGGCAGGUCUUGAGCCGGUCAUGGACUUCUUCUUGACUCCGGUGAAGCGGUGGACAGCAGAGGUCAAAAAGACGGCUGCGAUGUCCUACGGCGAGGAAGUCUGCCAAAAUCUACUUGUAAGUAGUGCCCAUGAGGAUUUGAAGGAUGCGAAGGGAAGGACUGUGAUUGACAUUCUUACCCUGGAACUGGAAUUUGACGAUAAAGACGACGGUGAGAGCGUGUUCUCAGGGCUAUCACGAAGGAAAUACGCCACGAGCAGUGCUUCCGGGGAGUCAUCCAAGCCAGCGUGGCACAAACGCAUGUCACAAGAUGUGAAGGUCGCGGCAAACAGAAUGAAGCUACCUGUCUGUUGGGGUAUAUUGACAACCGAAGGGAAAGUCGCUGCAGAGCCAUUAAAGGAUAUUGGCGUCUUUUCAAGGAAGCGGAUAAAAUCACUAACCGAGGGAAACAAAGAAAUGUUUUCAAUUGAGAGCAAAUGGGCUUAA